UAAAUUUUCAAGCCUGAGAUUUGAGCAAAGAUGUCAUAAGGCGUGGUGUUUGGUAGUCAAUUGCAUGACAUUGAUUAAAAUAUAUAUCUCCAACAGCUUCGAAGAAUUUAUAUUUUUUUGUUGGAUUUUUUGUAAUCUGGACUAAGGUGUUUGGCGAUCGAAAAGCACAUUUUCUUGCAAACUUUUUUGAUCGAGUUUUCAAGAACAAAAUGUUGAAAGCGGAUAAAAUCAAACAUAAACCUGAGGAUGAAAAUGCACCUUUUGGCGCUUUGAACUCUAAACAAAAUAUUACUGGGGAACGCAGCAAAUUUGCUGAUUUACAGAAUCUCAGUCUUAAGCCAUCCUUUAAGAAAAAUUUUCCAGAUAAUGUUUCUGGGGAAAUAAACGUUCCCUGCAGCAAAUCAAACACAAUCAGCGAAAAUGCUAAUGUAAUCAGCAAAGCAAUUGAUGGAAUAUCUUCGACGAGUGCAGUUAUUCAGGAUAGGGUAAAUCCUACUUCAAUUCUUUUUCGGAAGGCGACGAACAUUGCCGCAAAAACUGAAAACGAACAAUUGUCCGGUAAUAGAAAUGAAGCUUUGAAAGAACAUAUUCUUGCUAGAAAGCGGGCUUCAUCUGUAUUUGAAGAAGGAAGCGGCGAACAGCCCAAGUUAAAACGUGAAUGCACUAAUUUAGCUCGUAAUGCCACGAAUAAAUUGAAGCAAGGAUUAGGAGAUGAAGCUCUUAAGAAAUCGAAUUUGGUAAAUCAAAUUUCGAGUAUGACAAUUAAAUCCGAAGAUCAACAAACGGUCCAGCGGGAUUCGUACUCGUCGAAAUUGCUCAGUAUUGUUACAGACAUUGAUAAAAAUGAUGAAGACUCACUUUUGGUUUCCGGCUAUACCAAUGACAUUUACGAACAUCUUUAUAAUUUGGAAAGUGAACAACCGAUACAUAAAAACUAUCUAGGAAACCAACUUGUGAUCAAGGCCCAUAUGCGCCCAAUAUUAAUUGACUGGAUUUAUGAGGUUCAUGUUAACUUUAAAUUGGUUACUGAAACAUUUCAACUAGCUGUAGCCAUUAUUGACCAAUUUUUGCAAAUAGUUUAUGAUUUGCCACGUUCAAAAUUGCAAUUAGUGGGGGCGACUGCUUUGUUUAUAGCUUCCAAAUAUGAAGAAGUUCAUCCACCGGCAUUAUAUGAUUUUGUUUACAUUACUGACGGUACGUACACUACUCAACAAAUACGUCAAAUGGAGUUGAAAAUAUUAAAAACUUUAAAGUGUAAUCUAUCCCGACCUCUGCCAAUACACUUUUUACAACGCUUUUCAAAAGCAGCCGAUGCAGAUUCCACUCAUCGUGCAAUGUCCAAGUAUUUCGUGGAAUUGGCCAUGAUUGAAACCGAUAUGGCUCACCACAAACCUUCAGAAAUUGCUGCCGCUGCUGUCUACUUGUCUUCAAAUAUUUUAAAGCGGGACAAUUAUGCCUUGCCAACUGGCUUUAUCGAUAGCUGUUGGACAUCUACUUUACAAUGGUAUACUAAAUACCAAAUUGAGCACAUUAAGCCCAUAGCAAGACGACUUGCAGUCAUUGCGCGUAAUGCGCCAAUCGCCGAACUAAAGACUGUCUAUAACAAUUACAAGUCGCCGGACAAUUUCAACGUCUCUAUGUUAACACAAAAGUAUCACGCAUUAAUUGACUCAAUAAUAGAAAUGGAGAGUGGUGAAAUGGAAGUGGAGAGGGAGGCUGAAAACUAAUAAUAAAAACAACGAUUGUCUUUUGGAUUUAAUGUUUUAAAUUUUUAAUUUAGUUUAUGUGUUUUGUGUAAGGGGGCGUCUCUUUACCGUCUUACCAGUUAAACAAGCGAAGAUCAAUGCGAUAAUUCUCGGCGGGGGUCGCUUUAGGAAACUAAACUAUGGCGCUUCCGAGAUACUUGUGGAGCGAUUAAAAGCUGAUUGCCUUUUUAACUACAAUCCGUCUCUUUAUUCGUUUAUUUAUUUAUUUUUUUUGUUUUGUGUAUUUUGUCAGAGAAGUUUUGCUUAUCCAUUUAACUUUAUAAUUACAUUUAGUGUUUAUAUCGAUAUUCAUAUUUUUAUACUUUUCUUUUGAUAUAUUUUCCAAGCUAUUGUCUGUCCUAUUUUAUGAUAAAUUUUCUUUUAUCGAUUCGGUUUUGUAAUGUUUAAUUUUUCCAUCUUAUUCAUUAAUUGCAUGUAAGCUCUUUUUUCAUUUUAUUUAUUUAUUUUUUUUUUUUUUAUAUAUAUUUUUUAUCUAUUUUCAAUAACAAAAAUUGCUUUAAAGAUAUUUGCGUGCUGUUUUUAAUAUAUAUUUCAUUAAUUUAAAUAUAGUGUAAGAUAGGAAGGGAUACGGACAAGCUAUAUUUUUCAUUCUUAUUAUUAUUAUUACAAUUUUUUUUUUUUUUUCAUGUAGUCAUCGUUAGCUUGUUAUACCAAGUUUAUAAUGAUAAUAUCAUAUAUUUCAUCAUUUGUUCGUAUAAAGCUAUGGAUACAUGAAUAAUAUAUAUUUUAUUAGCAGAAAAAAGUUUAAAAAAUCUGAAAAAGUUUGUGUAAAAAAAAAAAAAAA